AUGAGAUGCGCCUUUCCAACUCUUGACAAAAAGCUUGAAAAGGUGUUCGCAUGGUAUACUAGGUAUUUAUUGAUCGAUUACUACCAUAUCUUUCUCAUAGGCCCAAUAUUAUUAACAUUGUUCUGCGGCUUCGGAUUCUAUUGGAUCAAGGAGCUGACGCUUCUAGACGCUCGCAAAUUGUACACGCCCGUCGAAGCGCCGUCAUGGAGAGAGGAGCGCGUGUUUAGCGAUUUGUGGCCGGUGAAAUCGCACGAAUUCCUGCCGGAACGCACAUUCCAAUGGAAUCGCUAUCUCUAUUUGGUGGUUCACGGGCGGCCGUCGGCCAACGGCUCCUAUCCGAAUCUGCUCGACGGCACCUAUUUGGAUGAGAUCGCGGCGAUCGAGAACGCGGUGGCGACGAACGUGCGAUUCGACAAGGAGGCGGCGAUCGAGAGCGACGCGGGCCUCGUACGCAAACGCGAGACGAACACCACCGAGCAGGCGCUGUUGGAGUCGCUCAAUGAGACGAUCGCGUUUCGCGACGUCUGCAUGAAUUGGUACGGCGAGUGCUAUCGCGAGUCGAAUGUGAUUGAGAUGCUCAAACGGCGGCACGAUCUCGACGCCAAAGGCAUCUCGGUGACGUUUCCGCAAAUCAAUCAGGAUGGAACGCCGAUUUAUAUCGCGUUCGUCGUCGGCGGCGUCGACACGUUCCCGAACGACACGAUCAAGACGGUUCGCGCGAUGCGCUUGUGGUAUUUCUUGAAGUUCGACACCGACGAGGAGGACAUCUUGUCGAAAUAUUGGGAAGAUCAAGCGGCGAAGUAUGUCGUCGACAAUUUCAGCGAUCAUCCGACAAUCAUGUGCCACAUCAAAUCGUCGCGAAUUCUGGAUCAGGGUCUGACGCGAAACGCGAAUCGCCUCAAACCCUACUUCAAUGUCACCAUCGCCGUAUUGGUGUUGUUCACCGCGUUCUACUCGAUCAAAUGGUACUUCCACACGCGCGACGGCCAAUGGACGAUUCACAUCGAUUGGCUGCGCUCGAAGCCGAUGCUCGCACUCGGCGGUGUGCUCUCGUCGGUGCUCGCUAUCAUCAGCGGAAUCGGAAUGUUCCUUUGGUUUGGGAUGUUCUUCGCCGAAAUCACACUCAUCGCGCCGUUUUUGGUCUUAUCCAUCGGCGUCGACGACAUGUUCAUCGCGGUCGCCGCAUGGCACAACACCGAGCUCAAAUAUCCGGGCAAAUCGGAGAAGGUGCUGAAGAAGCGAAUGGUGGAGGCGAUGUCGGAAUCGGCGGUCGCCAUAUUCAUCACCAGCUUCACCGACGUGUUGUCGUUCGGCGUCGGCACCAUCACCGACAUCAUCGCCGUCGAGGGCUUCUGCGCGAUGACCGCCGCCUGCAUGUUCUUCACGUUCCUCUAUCAAAUCACGUUCUUCGCCGCGCUCAUGGUGAUCUCGGCGAAAUCGCAAAUGUCGGGCCGCAACUCGUGUGUGCCGUGCAUCGCCGCCGACGACAUCUACGUGACGGCGAGCAACGAGCCGAAACUCAGCGUUGUCGACGCGGCGCCGGAGAAGAAAAUCUCGAUAGGCGACAAUCCCGACGAGGAGAACGCGUUGCAUAUCGCGCGAAAAAGUCGCGGAGCGAUGGGACACUUUUUCAGAGACUACUAUGUCCCAUUUCUGCUCAAUUGGAAGACGAAAAUCACCAUGUUGUUCGUCUUCAUUGCCUACGUCCUUAUAUCCAUUUAUGGAAUGUGUGUGAUGGAGCAGGGUCUCGACUAUGACAAAUUGCUGCUUCAUUCGGACCCGUUGGUUGAAGCGCUCAAGCGCGAAAUCGAAUUGUUUCACGGCGGUGAUCAAAUUGAAAUUGCCGUCAAGAAUGCGCCGAAUGUGCUAAUUGCUCAAAAUCGCGAUCGAAUGGAGACGAUUGCUCAAGAAUUUGAGAAUAUUUCCUAUUCACUUGGCCCAAAAGGAACCUCGUUUUGGAUGAGGGAAUACAAAAAGUACAGCAAUCUGACGGGCUCGUAUCUCAACGAUGAUCGCGAGAGUUGGCUGAUUGGCGUUUAUGAAUGGUCCCAAUUGUUCGCCUUCUACAAAUUAUGGAGUCAGGAUUUUGUUUGGGCCAAUGAGUCGGACUAUGAGACACUGGAAUUGGUCUCGUAUCGAUUCCGAAUCGGGCUUCAUCGAUUGUCGACGCCUACCGAUUUGUUAUUGGUCACGGAGGAACUUCGUAAUGUCGCCGCACGCCAUCCCGACCUUGACAUCGUCACUUAUCAACAAUCGCGAGCCAUCGCCGAUCAGCUCAAUGUGAUUCUGUCGUCGACAAUCACCAACGACGUUCUCGCAAUGUUCUGCAUGUUCUGCGUUGCGCUUCUCUUCAUUCCGAAUCCGAUUUGCGCGGUCUUCAUCACGGUCGCGAUGAUCACCAUCGAUAUUGGAGUUAUUGGGUUCCUAUCGCUGUGGAGUGUCAAGCUUGAUCCAAUAUCAAUGAUCACUAUAAUCAUGUCGAUCGGAUUCUCCAUUGAAUUCUCAGCGCACAUUACGCACGGCUUUGUGAGCAAUGAGCAGCACGUCUCAGCUUUUGAUCGAUGCGUCGACUCGAUGGAAAAACUCGCGUGGCCAGUGAUCCAUGGAUCAUUAUCCACAAUCCUUGGCGUCACCGUUCUCGCGUUCAUCGACAGCUACAUGGUAUUGGUGUUCUUCAAGACAAUCUUUCUGGUGUUGGUGAUCGGCGCGUGGCACGCGUUGAUGCUUCUUCCCAUUCUUCUCGCCACCGUCAUCCCGAGACUCGAGCGCCUCUCCGACCGUUUCCGAAAGAUGAAGCAUCGUCGAAAAAAGAACAAAAACAAGAAUAGCAUUUAUGCCAUCAAUCUUCCCGUCAACGUGUCCUCCUAA